AUGGAAAACGGAAAAAAUAUGAAUCGAAAAAAGUAUGAAUACUUAAAUAACAACUACUCCACUAUUUAUAAUGAGGAGGAUAGAGAGGGGGAGUUAUUAAAUAAAAAUUAUGACGCAUCAACGAAUUAUGACUGUGAUCAUAAUUUAAUGGAUGAAGAUAAAAGUAAUAUACAUAAUAACCACAACAUUAAAGAAUAUUCAAACAUAAAUGGUUUUCAGUGCUCUAAAAAUAACAGGAAAUCAAAAAAAAAUAUGGAAAAAUCAAAAUUAAUUAAUAAUAAUAAUAAUUAUAAUAAUAAUAAUAAUAAUAAUUACAAUAAUAAUAUUAAUUACAAUAAUAAUAAUAAUUACAAUAAUAAUAAUAAUUACAAUAAUAAUAUUAAUUACAAUAAUAAUAAUAAUUACAGUAAUAAUAAUUACAAUAAAAAUAAUUACAAUAAUAAUAGUUAUAGUAAUAAUAAUAAUUAUAAUAAUAAUAAUUAUAAUAGUAAUAAUUAUAAUAGUAAUAAUUAUAAAAAUAAUAAUUAUAAAAAUAAUAAUAAUGAUAACGAAAACGCUUUAUAUCAGAUGAAUAAUAAUAUGUAUGACAAAAUAAAAUAUAAUAAUAAUGAUGAAGACGAAUGUUCAGAGACUCAUUACCAUUUUGAAAAUAAUAAAUAUAGCCAUCAUAAAGAUUUAGAAAAUAAUCGUAUUCUCAUUGAACAUGAUGAAAUUAUAUCAAAUAGAAGAAAUAAUUUGAGAACAAAUAUGCAAAUAGUAGUAAAAGCUUUAAUAAUAAUAGGUAUUUUUUUACUGCUUGUAUUUCUUAUUACAAAAUUUAAAAAGUUUAUUACGAUAAUAAAUAGUGUUAUCCAGUGGGUAGGUGAACAAGGAUCAUGGAGUAUUCUUUUAUUUAUUUUGUUGUUUACUUUUACAUCACCUUUAUUUAUGUCUGUUGAAAUUAUGUGUGUAGGUGCAGGAUUAAUAUUUUCUGGAGUAUAUGGUAAAAUUAUGGGUAUACUUGUAGCCGUUUUCUCAGUUUCUGUAGGAUAUGUGUUAGGAAUGUCUUUAUGUUUUUGCAUAUCAAGAUAUUUAAUUCAUGAUUAUAUAUAUAAAAAAUUAAUGGUAUACCCUAUAUAUCUAGCAUUUAAUCAAUCCAUUAAUUCGAAUGGUUUAUCGUUUGUUCUUUUAAUUCGUCUUUCACCUAUUUUACCAGCAACUGUUGUUAGUUAUAUUUUGGGAGUAACCUCCAUCAGAUAUAAAGAUUUUGCGUUAGGCUCUGUUUCAGCCUUGCCAAGCAUAAGUAUAUUUGUAUAUAUUGGAGUAUUACUUCAGGACAUUUCUAACAUAUCAGAUAAUCACUGGAGCAAUCUAAUCAUUCUUUUUGUCGGUUUCAUCCUUGGUGUUAUUGCCAUUGCAUACAUAUCAGUUGUUACCAAGAGAAGAUUAAACAGUUUGAAUAUUAUGAACUCAUCAUUAUCAGAAACAAAUAUGGAUAUUGAGUAA